AUGCUCGGUCGAGGCGCGGGUCUGCCUGGUCUGAUCAUUGCAAUGGUCCUGAUAGCCCUUGGUGGGGGUGGUGUGAUCAACCCACCUCAGGAGGCAGAUGUCAUUGUACCCGCUGCGAAGGUCCUCAGCUGCGCCGUCCGCAACGGGUGCCGGAUGGACCGCGCAGACCCAGCGUAUCAGCGCCUGGAGAAAUCCAAGGAAGUUCCAUGGAGUAGCCAGUUCGUCGAUGAACUGACACGUGCAUUGGGCGCUUGUCGCGUGCUUCUGGCAUUCAUCGUCUUCUACAUCUGCUUCGACCAAAUGCAGAACAACUUGAUCUCUCAAGCGAGCGAUAUGGAUACUGGUAGUACACCCAACGAUGUCCUUCCCGGCAUGAACCAAGUGGCAUGCAUUAUAGUCAGUCCGUUUGUGGAGUACGUCCUCAACCCCAUGCUAGCCAAGCGGCGCAUAUAUCUGAAGCCAGUCACUCGCAUUGCCAUUGGCUUUUGCUUCGUCGUACUCUCGAUGCUGCACGCAACUCUAGUGCAGCAUUACAUUUAUGCAUCCCCGCCCUGCUUCGACCACCCAACAGACUGCGGAGACCGCCAAUCUGUCGCACAAGAUCGGCCUAAUGUUUGGGUACAAGCACCGCUUUAUUUUCUCAUCGCGACGGGCGAGGUUUUCGCCAUGACGACAGCCAUGGAAUACGCAGAGAAGCACGCACCCAAGGAGAUGAAAGUGCUCGUACAGGCCAUCAACAUGCUCAUUACGGGGAUAGGCUCUGCUAUCGCGCUAGUCAUCGCGGAAGGGGCGCGCGAUCCAUACCUUACUCGAUUCUACGGUAGUCUGGCAGGAGCCAUGGCCCUCACAACCAUCAUUUUCUACGUGGUGUUCCGCAACAACGACAAUGACGACAUUGCUACAUCUCCGCACGGUUCCGCAGAUGUGGAAAAGGGAAACAGAGACGCCACGCCUACACCACCCCUGACAGCUUCACCGUUUCGAUCACGCGAAUCCUACCUGAGCGUUCCCACGACGAUUAAAGACGAGGGCAUCGAAUUGAGAGUGAUUCCACCUUGCAGACUACGACAAUAA